AUGAAUAUUCUAACAUCAUAAAUACAAUAACAAAAGCAUGAGAUUCUAGAAAUGGUUUGCCAAAUUCAUAAGCGUGAGAUAGUUGCUGUAGAUCUUGACACAUUAGAAAAAGGUUAAUUAUAAUAUAUGUGCUGUAAUUGUUUAGUAGAGAAAAUUAACAAUAACAAAAUUUCAACCAUUGAUUAGACAAAAGAAAGAAUUUAAUCUUUUAAGACCUAAAAAUAAGAAAAUAAGACAAAUAGAUUCAAAAAAGUUUGGAUUACUUCAAGAAAAUACUUGAUCAAAUCAUGGAAUUCAAAUGUAAUGUUGAAAAUACUUUAGAAAAGAUCUAUAGUCAAAUCAAAGCCCAAAUCUUACAAUUUAAAAAGAAAAAUAAUCAUUAUUAGAAAACUGUUAAAUAUUGCACAAUUUCCAAGAAGAUGUUAAAUCAUUAUCUGAAUUUCUUUCAAUAGAUACUAUAGAUGAUUAAAUGGAAUUUUAAUAAGAUAGUUAAUUUAUUGAUGAAAUUUUUUAAAUUAUUUUAACUUUUAUUUAAUAAUGCUUUGUACUUAUAAACUAUUGACAUUUUUAAGGAUGCCAAAUAGAAAAUUAAUGAAAUAAAUGAAAAUAUCAAAAUUGAUAUAAUCCAUCUGCAAAAUAAAAUUAAUUAAGUAAAAUAGUAAUUAAUUUUUAGAAAUCACCAAGUUUAAAUAGAGUAUGCCCUACUCAUAAUAAAGAAAUCAUAAUGAUAGACAUUGAUUUUAAGAAUAAAAAAAUGGAAGAUAGAUUUGUGUGUGUUGAUUGUAUUGAUGAUCACCCAAAAUGCUAAUAGAGGACCAUUGAAAAAGUAAAUUAAUAAUGGAAUCAUACAAAAAACCAAUAAGAUCGAAUUUUAAAUGAAUUAAAAUUAAAGAGAUAAGAAAAAUAAGAAAAAUUGAAUCAAUAAAUUGCAAUCAUGAGAAAGAAUUACAACUAAUAACUUAAUGAAAUUAGUGAAAAAUUAAUCACAGAAUUUUCUCGACCAAUAAAUAAAAAAAGUGAGAUUGAUAAAUUUAAAUACUCAUCUAUUCUAGGUUUAAGCCAAGAAGAAAUGUUUUAAAACAUUAAUUAUUUGAUUCAAUAUGAUAAAGAAAAUUUGGGUUAAGAUUCCAUAAUUGAGUUUGUGAAAUCUAAAGAUUCUUUAUUUUCAAAAGAAAUUGAAAGCAGAUUGGAACACUUAAAAUAGCAUGAUUUAUUAGACAUUUAAGAGUCAAUUAAUAUUUUACAAGAUAUCUAAAGUAUUAAAAAUUUAUAUUUUUUUAGAUGAUAAUCAAAUCCAAGGGAUUGUUCUAUUAUCAUCAUAACUUUAAGAAAACACAAAAGUAAACUAAGAAUAAAUAAUAGUAAAACAAGAAUUAAAUGAAUUGAUAAAUUCUUCAAAGUAACUUUAUUGUUAGAUGGGUUUAUUUAAUCAAACUUUUUAAAAAUUUUAGCAACACCUUACUAAAAUUAAUGUUAUUAACAAUAAAUUUAAAUCUAUUCCAGAUCAUUUGAAUCUGAAAAACUUUGAAAAGUAAGUUUAAGAUUAUACCAAUAACUUUGACAAUGAUUUUAAAUAAGUAAAGAAAUUUUGUGAAAUUGAAAAGUUAGAAAAUUAGUUAGAAACUUUGCAGUAAGAUUAUUAAAAAUCAUAAUAAGAAUAUAUAAUAAUAGUUAAUCAAUUAGAUAAAUAAAUGGUGAGUACCAUAGAAAAAGAUUACAAGACUAAGAUUAAAGAUUAGAAUGUGAUAAUUGAUAAGCUUAAAGAAAUUGAAAAAGAUACAAAAAUCAAAUUAUAAAAUUCAGAAAACUAAAAUGAAUUAUUAAAUAAAAAUUUGAAAGAAGAACUAAAUAAUCCGACCUAAAAAUUAAAUGAAUUAUAAAUCAAAACAUAGUAAUAGAUAUAAGAACUAAAUAAUAAAAUAGGUUAAUAGGAUAAAGCAAUGAAUAAAAUCUAAAUAGAAUUAGAUUGUAAAAAAUAAUUAGUUGAUCCGAUACUAAAUUUACAAAAUAAAUGA